AUGGAUCAAAUAGAACAAGCUAUUGAUGUUAUCAAAAAUAAAUAUAUCAACGCUAAUUCAAUUGAAGACAUUGUAGAGAUAUUGAAAUGUACUAUUAUGAUAGUUGAUGAUAUGAAUAAGAAUAUUAAAAUAAUGGAGAGAGAACAAUUUGAUAUAAUGAUUCAAGACAUCCUUAAUUUAACUAGUAAAAAGAAGAGUACAUUAUAUCUUGUUAAAAAUGUUAUAACAGAAAAAUUAAGUAAAGAAAUUAAAAAACGAUAUAAUAUAACUGAAGAAGACAUUAAAAGUAUGAAAGAAUUAUAUAAUUAUAAUGGUUCAAAUAAUAUAUUAUCUGUUGAAGAAAUUGCUAAACAAAUUAAUGAAAUGAAUCAAGAAGAUUUUGAAACAUUUAUUGAGUUAGAAAAAGGAAGAGUAAAUGAAAAAACUAUUUGUAAAGCUGUUCAAAAUGAAUUAAUUGAAUCAAAAGAACGAGCAGUUUAUAUUAGAAUUGUAUUUCAACAAACAUUUACUUCACUUGAGGUAAAGAAAGUUGAAGGAUUAAUUUCAAAGAUUAAUAAAAAAGUAUCAACACAAAAUGUAUUGAAAGGAACAGGAAUUAAAAUGAGAUUAUCAGCUGAAUUAAGAGAUAUUGGAAUCUAUAAUCAUUUAGAACAAUUAAAUAAAUGGACAAAAACAAAGGAAGCUGAUUUAAUAUUUGAUUCAAGAUGUGAUAAAUAUGAAAUGUUAAUGAAUACUGUUAGUGGAAAAAAACGAUUAAUGUAUAUUGUCCAAACAAAUGAUAAUAAUGUUUUUGGUACAUACAAUGGAAUGAGUUUAAAUAAUUAUGGAGAUAAAAUCACAAAUGACACUAAACAUUUUAUGUUUUCAAUUAUUAAUCCAAGUAAAACAGAACCAUUAAUGUUUUCUAUGAAAUUAAAAACAAUAGAUAGUUUAUGUAUUGAUUCUAAAGAUGGAAAAAUUAUCACAUCAUUAGGGUGUUGUACUCUUGUUGCAGAUACAGAUGAUGAUAAUUCUAAUGUAGCAGGAACAAUUGAUGGACAUUUUGGAGAAUAUUAUAAAGACAAAAAAGGAUAUGGAGCAAAAAUAUUUGAUGGGAAAGAAAAUCCACAAAUAUUCAAUGUAAAAAAAUUAUUAGUACUUGAAAUGAAAUAA